CCGACUAUAUAAAGUUCCUCACGUGAGAGGGGGCAUCCUCUGGGGUUCACUGGUCCCCGAACGCCAUCACCGCUCUCCCAUUCCCUCUCGGAGACUGGAGGGGGAGAAAGGGGUUUUGGCCGUCAGCUUCGAUCUAGGGUUCUAAUUCUUGUGAUCAAGAUUCCUUCUUGGAACCCUGGCUCGUUCCAUGAUCUCCUCGAUGCCCCACCGGCUCGAUAUCUUCGAGAUCUACGCGAGAUACUGCGAUAUUGUAUCAGGAAAUGACCAAGCUACCUCAAAGGAAUUGUUGGCUGUGCUCUCAAAAUCAUUGGAGUACUGUGGGGAAAGAAGGGAGGCAAUUGUUAAUGACAUUUACAAGCUUAUGUCAUGUUUUGACUUGUCUGUAGAUUCUCGUAAUUUCAAUUGCUUCUAUGAUUUUGUCUUCUUCUUUUGCUGUGAAAGUGGGCAGAAGAACAUCACUGUGCAGAGGGCCAUAACUGCCUGGAGAUUAGUUCUGAAUGGAAGGUUCCGGUUGCUUAACCAAUGGUGCAACUUUGUUCAGGAACAUCAACGUCAUAAUAUAUCUGAAGAUACUUGGCAACAAGUCCUGGCUUUCAGCCGAUGUGUAAAUGAAGAUCUUGAAGGUUAUGAUCCAAAAGGUGCUUGGCCUGUUCUUAUUGAUGACUUUGUCGAGCAUAUGUACAGCCUUGUUUACAUAAUGUUCUUUUCCAGAUGCAGAAUGAGUCAAUCCAAAAAUUGCAGCACUGAAGAUUAUAUUUUUGGCUGUGCUGACAUGGAAGAACAACCUAGUAUAUCUAACACUUUCAGUGGAUUGAAUCUGCUCCCCGGAUCAAAGAGGAAACCUCCUCUAGAUGCUGAUGAACAUGAUGAGGAAGAAUCAAAGUUUUUAAACCCAACAAACUCUAAUCAUCUGAUGAAGUCCAAGCGAUUGAAGCAAACUUUUGUUGCCAGAUCUUCAGAGUCGGACUUGGCUGUGAGAAUGGUUGAUGGUACAGCUGAUUACCCUGCUGAAAUGAAUAAACGUUGCUCACUUGGCUGUCUGCAGACCUCAGCAUGUGCGGUAGAGGAUAGCCUCUCCAAAGGUUUUGAAGGAUACCUUUCUGUUGAGUGCUGUUUCCAGUUUGGUCAGAAAAGCAGGGUUUCGUAUACAUAAAUAUGCCUCCAGGUUACAAACUAAUGAAACGUUUGGUUUGAGCGCAUCCUUCAAUUAUCUAUGCAUUCCCUCAUUUUUCCCCAUUGCCCCGAUUUAUUCUUUUGGCUUAUAUUUUUGACAUUUGUUCAUAUGAUGUACUUGAGUUAAUUUUUGGUAAAGUUGUCGUGUCUGUACUUAAUGUAUCAAUAAGUAAGACGUGAUUAAAUCUACCUGUUGUAUGAGUUUGUUUUCCCUGUCGAAUGGGUGAAUACGUAUCUAAAUAUUGCUGGAGUUGAUGUUUACCAACUGA